CAGCAAAUAGCUGAUUUACAGAAGGAGAACUUCAACUUGAAGCUGAGAAUUUACUUCCUGGAAGAGAAUGCAAAGAAAUAUCACAACGGAGAAGAGCAGGAUAUUUAUCAGAUCAACAUCGAGCUGAAAGUAGAGUUGGAAAGUUUGAAGAAGGACCUCGUCGACAAGCAGGAACUUCUG